AUGAAGAGGGCGGGCCAGUACGGUGCUGAUAGAAUCACCAACCUUCCUGCCGAUGUGAUACAGCGCAUUCUUGUGUUCUUGCCCAUCAAAGAUGCCGCCAAAACUAGUAUCUUGACAAGCAAAUGGAGGCAUUUGUGGAGAAGCAUUCCUCAACUUGUUUUUGAUAAGCGUUUUUGUAGAAAUGGCGAUGUUGGCUUCGAUUAG